AUGGCGCCUACUCGUCGACUUCCGGAGCGGGUAAACCCCCUCAUGACCGAGGCCGUCCCUGAAUAUUCGGUCCUCGUUUCGCGCCGCCGACUUGGUCAGACUGACCUGACUGUAAAGGCCGGUCAAGUGGGUACAUCCAAUUCGACGAAGCCGAAGAAUUUGGGUACUUUCGAUUAUGCGCACCUGCGAGCACCACUUCCCAAGGGCAUCCAUUCUGGCAUCUUCAAGCCUUCGCCAGCAUCCUACUUCCUCAUGCGCCGAAGCCAUGAUGGGUAUAUCAGUGCGACUGGAAUGUUUAAGGCUACUUUCCCAUACGCUGAGGCUGCUGAGGAGGAACAAGAGCGAAAGUACAUCAAGAGUUUGGAGACAACCAGCACGGACGAAACAGCUGGCAAUGUCUGGAUCCCACCCCACUACGCGCUCGAGCUGGCUGAAGAAUACCAAAUUCUACCUUGGAUCAAGGCACUAUUGGACAAUACACCAAUUGAGACCAACCCUACCAAGGAUGCCACACCAAAGACAAUUUCCCCGCCUCCCAACUUCCUGAUGCCCCAAGAAUCACUGGCAGCGCCGACUCCAAGUCGUGGUCGUCCUCGAAGAGCAGCUUCACCGAGCAAGAUUGCGUCACCAAAGAAGACAGCUGGAUCAACGAGAGCACGAAAGACCAGGGCUACAUCAGAGUCUGUCAAGUCGGAAUCUGUUGAGCCUUCGGUACAAACUGCGAGCGAGAACCUCAACAAGUCAUUGAAAGCUGCUGCUGCCGAGACCAAUGGGGAGGUUGAGCCUAAGUCCGAAUCAAAGAAGGACGCUGAAAAGCCCAAGGAAGAGACAAUAGAUGAGGAGCCUAAGGUUCGCGUUCACGUGGAUACCGAUGUGGAAGUCAAAGGCGACUCGGAAAUCACGCACACUCAUGUUGAGGUGGAGAUGCCAGUUGGCUUUGCCGAGUUACCACUUCCUGAGGACACUGAAGCGAUGAUCGCAAGGGCUAAAGAGAUGGUUGAGGCAGCGGUGCAGGCUCAGAAAGAAGAACCGGCUGCUCUCCCACGGAGGAGCAAGCGCAAGGUUGAGGAGGCAGAGGAUGAGGAGAACGAAGAUGGAGGCGAGUCUGUUGCUCAAGCUCCUGCAAAGAAGGCUAAGACGGAAGUUACAGAGCUCAAGAAGGAGCGCAUCAAGACUCGAGCUUUACUUGGAAUUAGUGCUACGUUGGUUCUUGGCGCUGCUGUACAAUAUGCCUUUGGUGCUUUCUGA